AGCCCUCUCGAGCCGAUAUGACUACUCGAGUAAAUCUGGUACCUACAAGGAACGUUUGUGCGUCGUGGACUUUUUCAGCAUUAGCGGAACAACAACGGAAAACAUUUGUUUAAACGGAAAGGUUAUCGGUCUACUGUUAAGCCUUACACAAUAUCCUAAUAGGUAGGCAAUAGACACUUAUUACACCACACACGUAUGCACGGCCCUUCGGCAAUGGCUCAAGACUUAAUAGAAGAGGAAGGCAUAUUUUUUGAUGAAUUCCACAAACUACGAGCACUAGAACCAGAUGUCAGCCAAAAAACAUCAGACCUUAAGGAAGAGUGCAAAGAAUUUGUUGAAAAAAUAGGACAGUUUCAGGGAAAAGUUGGAUCUCUAAUAGAGCUCGUAGAUCAAUUGGCAAAAGAGGCGGAGAUGGAAAAAUUCAAGGCCAUUGGAGCAAGAAACUUGCUGAAAUUAGUGGCAAAGCAACGAGAGGCGCUGCAACAGCAGCUUCAAGGUCUCAUUGUGGAGAAGAAGACGCAGCUUGAAAGAUAUCGUGUUGAAUGUGAUGCCUUGUCUAAAAUGGAAUCUGAGCAGAAUGAAUUUAUCAACCAGUUUAUUUUGCAUUGACUAAAGAAGCCAACCAGAACUGCAUUGAGUGAUUCAAAACAUUGGAAAUGCCAUUAAAGUGGAAGAGUGGUGGCAUUAAGGUCCUACCAAUUUCUUUUGAAGUAUGCUUUAGUAAAAUACAGAACUUAAGAACCUAUGGAUG